UGCUGACCUUGAAGACAAUCAGAAAAGAUGGUUGAUUAUUGGUAUUGGUAUUCAGUUUGUUUUAUCUCCAACUCUGCGAAAAUAUACGGAACCAGUUGUACGCAACUUGUAUAAUUCAUUAAAACAGACGCAUAGAAUUCAAACACAAACAUAUCCAAAGCAACUUAAAAAAUGCCAGAAUUCCGGAAGAGAACUGAAUUAUGAAGCUAUAAAUAACAACCGUCUAAUUCCACGUGUCCGUAGCAAAUCAGAUGUGGUUAAAUUCGACUACAAAGUGAUCAAUCAUGUAGACUUCUCAAAAUUAUUCUUGAAAACUUUUAUGGCCCAGUACACGGCUUUUGAUGACACGUGUGACUUAUCGGCGCUCCUUGGGAUAAUCUUAAGCAUUGAUAAGUUUCCACAAACAGUACGGAAUGUUGCGGCAAAGGUCCGUUCAGAUGUGCGGAACCCAUGGGCACAUUGCAACUUUAAUAAAUGGGAUUCACUCAAAUAUCAAACCGCAUUCCAGUUGUUGCAUCAACUAGUCGGAUGUCUUCAGCUAAGUACAGCAGAUGAAGCUGAUAUAUUAGCAGAAUUAACCAAAUGGGAAGAAAAUGGAUUUCGGUUUCUACAAGGCUAUGCAGUCUCCCAGCAAUUUGUAAAAGAAAUUAGACAGCAAACACGUGUUCUUGCUGAUUAUUCUUUGAAAAUGAAAUCAGGAAUGGACGAAACAUUUAUAAACGUGCAUGAUGCUCUGUUCAAAGUAAAUGGUGAAAUAAUGUUAGCAUGUAGUCGUAUAGGUAAUAUUGAAUCCAAACAAAAUAUACAACAAAUAUUACUCGAUACCAUACACGAAGACGUGACUGUUUUAUACGAUAGGACAUUAUCGUUUGAAAACACGACCAAAAAAGUAUCCAAACUUGAAAACGAAAAUAGAAAGAUAAAGGAAGAUAUAUCAAACAUUAAGACUGAAAUAACUGAGAUAAAGGAUGGCAAAAACGAUUUCAGAAAUGACAUGCCGAUGUCUGAACCUAGUGGGAACACUUUCUUUUAUCCACCCAAUCGAUCAAAAACAUUUGUUGCUCGAGAGACGGAAUUGUGUAAAAUUAAAGACAACUGUAUCGCAAAAUGUAAUGGAAAUUAUGAUUUAGUCAUAUGCGGUUUAGGUGGCUGUGGAAAGACAACGCUUGCUAUUGAAUUUGCAUGGCGGUCGCAGGAGUUCUAUCCAGCCGGUGUUUUUUGGAUGUCAGCAGAAACACAACAUACACUAGAAGAUUCCUUUACAACAUUAGCAAUAGAUGUUGAUACAACUGGAAAAGAUUUCCAAGAAACUUUUAAGAAAACUCUCAAAUGGUUUUCUAAUUUGAAUGAAAGAUGGCUUUUAGUUGUUGAUAAUGUUGAUAGUGAAAACCUUUCUGACAGUACCAAAGAACUAUUGAUAGGAACAUGGAAACGGAAUACUCGUGGACAUAUCAUUAUAACAAGCCGACGUGAACCUAAUGAAAUUGAAGAGUCGAUGGCCGUUAAGUCAGAGACCUGCAUCUGUCUAAAUGUAUUUGAAACGCAAGAAGGAUUAGAUUUUCUAAUGCGCAGAACAGAGAUUAGAUGCAACAAUGAUGACGAUACCGUAAUGUCACUAGUAGAAGAGCUUGGUGGAUUGCCAUUAGCACUAGAACAAGCAGCUGCACAUAUAAAAAGCAUUAAAUGUUCCUUCACUGACUACGUCAACAAAUUCAAAAAGAAACGAUUGAAAUUAUUGAAGGCAGCACCUUCUGUAAUGAAUACCAGCAAAGAUAGACUAGCGAUAGCGACAACAUGGCAAUUGAACAUUGAGUAUAUAACUAGGCAAUCGGAAAAUGAAGGCUUGAGCACAGCUGCGGUAACCAUAAUGCAAGUUGCGUCAUUUUUGUUUGCUGAUGAUAUUCCGAAAGAAAUUAUAAAUAUAGGAAGUCCACUCGUGGAAGAUAAAGUUCUGGUUGACGUACUUAAUGAUGAAAUGGGAUGCAGCCAGAUCAUUGAAAUUUUGACAAGAUUCUCUUUGUUUCAGCGUUUACGUGGUACGUCUCUUUCGGUUCACAGAUCAUUGGAUCAAAUAUCAGUCUCGUCUGUUAAUGAGGAAAAAGAACCUAUAGACGAGCAGAAAAGUCAUGUAGCUGAUCGUAUUUCUACACAGUCGAUAGAAGUAACAGUUGAACUUGGAGAGGAACGAGAAAAAACAUCAGACUAUGACGGUUCUCAAAAUAGCAAUGAACAGGCAAUUUCAGAAUCAAACGCAUUGGGAAGUAUUAAUCCAGCAUUUCAGAACGAUAACGAAACCAUCGACAUGACUGAAAUAAACGCUUUGUCAACAACUGAUGAGGCGGAACGUCAGCUUAGUCAGUUAAAUGAUUUGUUGAACAUGGAGGAAAAUAAAGCACCAGCUUCAGACUACCAUAUCGUAGAUACAGUAACAGACAGCAAAGAUGUUCAGAAUCUUGAUGAUGAAAAUGCGCAACAUGUUUCUAAUGGCACCGGGCCAGGUUUAUAUCCUCCAAAAGCAGAUUACAUCGAUAUCAAUAAGAUCAAAUCUGAAAAUGAGCAAUUGAAUGAAAAUGAAUAUCUUACCGUCAAUGAAGAGGUUAAAGAUACAUUGAAUGAAAGUUCAGGUUUUCCACAAGCUGAAUAUAAAAACAGUGAAAAUGAAAUACCUAUAGAAGAAAAUAAUGACCAAGUACUUGAUCAAGAGUCGGGUGAGUUUAUAAUGUCUCUUGAUAAAACUGAAGACCAAGACAUAGACUACAAUACAGCAAAGGUCGAGCAUAUUGAUGAAAAUAGUGUUGAUGUUCUAGACGAAGAACCAGACAUUGAUUAUAAUGAGAAACAGAAUAAGUUGAAUGGUUCAGUCAUAUUUAGUUUCAAUGAUGGAGACAUAAAACGUCAUGACUGCUAUUAUCCUGAUGACAAAGUUUUCAGUUUGAAGAAUUCUGGAAAGCAAAUAUUUGGAAUAACAUACCCAGGAAGGAUCUUUCUAACAAAACAAUUGGAUUAUGAAGAUGGUGACAGAAGUUUCGACUUGAAUAUAACACUUGAUAAUAGAAACCGCACCACGAAAACAACAGUACGGGUUAAUGUUAUUGAUGUGGACGAUAUGGAUCCUAUGUUCGACCAUGACGAUUUCAAUCUACAAAUAUCCGAAAAUGUUAGUUAUAGCAUGUCCUGGCAGAACACAACUCCUCUAAUAUCAGCCCAUGACCGGGACAGUGGUACUGGGAAACAGGAUAUUGAAUUUGCAGUGUACGAUAAUAAUGACAAACGUGUUUUUGAUCUAAAUAGAAAAACAGGAGAAGUGAAACUUUUCAAGAUAUUUGACAGAGAACCUCAAAGUAUAUACAACUACAAGAUAAAGGUAUAUCAGACAAAUGAUCAUCGCAGAAGUGCUACAGCAAAUCUUAAUAUAAUCGUAUCAGAUAAAAAUGACAAUAAACCAAUAUUUGACAAGUCAGAAUACUAUGCAAAUGUGGAUGAACACAGCAGUAAAGGGACCCUAGUUCUACGUGUUCAUGCUUCAGAUAAAGAUAUAGGAAAUAACUCCGUGGUGAGAUAUUCCAUAGAAACCAUACAAUCAUUGUUUCAAAUAAAUGAAAAUUCUGGGGAAAUACUGGUAGCUAACUCAGAAAAGUUAGACAGAGAAGUAAACGAAAUAUUUAUUUUAAACAUUAAAGCUACUGAUUCGAAGAUAAAAGACUUUAAUGACCAAGCAAAAGUUAUUAUUAAUAUCUUAGACAAGAAUGAUAAUGGUCCAGUCUUUACGCAAAAUAGUUAUUACUUUAACUCAACAGGAACGAGCAUUAUAGGACAGGUUGUAGCUACCGAUGGAGACAAAGAAGAUAAUGGUAAAGUAGUGUAUCAUUUGGAAUCUGUACAACAUAACAUUAACUUAGAUACUGACACUGGAAGAAUAACAAUGAUUGGUCAACUUCUAGCUGAUACUAUUUUUAGAGUAAAAGCAUGUGAUUCAGCGAAGAUCGUCAGUAGCAGAAGAUGCACAUUUGCACAAGUUUUCAUUCAUGCUGGAAUGGUACAAGUGAAUAGUUAUAAUUUGACGGCAACUGUUAUGGAAAAUGUAAUGGUCGGAUCGUAUGUCAGUAAUAUUGAGAUUCCUGGUGAUAGAUACGAAAUCAUCAAUAAAAAUGUUCCUUUUACAAUAGAUAUUUCAAGUGGAAUUGUCAGAACACGAUCGUUAUUGGACUUUGACGAGGGAAAACAACAUUUUGACUUUACAAUACAUGUACUUAAUAAAGAGAAAGCUAUGAUUGCAACAGUUCGAUUGACUGUUGAAGUUCUGGAUACAAAUGACAAUUCACCAGACUUUUCUCAACAGCUUUACACAUUUGCCUUACCAGAAGAUGUGACGGUUGAUACUGUUAUUGGAGUUAUAAAGGCUACAGAUAAAGACAGUGGAAAUAAUUCUGCAAUUCAAUAUUCCUUACAGAGCAGCAUUGACUCGACAACAUUUUCAGUAGAUUCAGUUGGUAAUAUCAAAAUGAAGGAUUCGCAUAAUGAUAUGAAAAGUUUGUAUCAGAUUAGCGUGGUAGCAUCUGAUGGCGGUGUUCCUCAGUUAAGAUCCUUCGCUCAAAUAUUGAUAACACGGGUUAGUAUAGUCGGAUCACAAAUAAAGUUUGGUACACCAUUAGAGGAGAAAAAAUUAAAAGAAAAAAAAGAUGAACUUGAGAGGCAAAUUGGUGCUAUACUGAAGAUCAAAGCUCAUAUAGAGGGAGUAAAGGGUGUAAAACUAAAGAAUCAAAAUCAACAAACAAGGUCUUACAUGUAUAUUUCUGGGAAAUACAACAAUGAAACAACCAUUUCUACCUCCGUAUUGAGAGUUAUGAUAUUGGAACAUAUGUCAGAAAUCCAAGCUUUAUUUGGGAACCAGAGGACAGUAUACCUACCUAGCCUUCAUAGGGAGGGUAUUCGUGCUGUAGAAAUUGCUUUAAUUGCCAUUAGUGGUGUGAUAUUUAUUUCCAGUAUUAUUAUCAUCAUCGUUGUUCGGAAGCAAUGGGCACUCUACAGUAUCAAACAACAGAAAUUUGACAGGCUUCAUAGUAAUUUGAUUCGUAAAAGUUCGUUAUAUGAAUCACAGGAAAUAAAGGUUCGGCUUGACGACGAAACUUCUGACUAUGCUGGCUCACUUAAUACACAGGAAGGGGAAAUUAGCCAAAGCAGUAACGCGACGUCUCUUGAUGCUACAGCUUUUUCUAAUCCUGUUUACGAAAGUAUGCACAAAACUACAAUGACAAUAUCACCAUCAACGGUUGCAGCCACAAACGAAGCAUUGGAAAGUCUACAAGACUUGGCAGAAAGACUAAAUAUAGAAGAUAAACCAGUGAAUGUAGACGGUACGUUAGAUGAACACUCCGAACAAACCUUUGUGAAAAGUGCAGAUGGUACCCAAAUUGUAACAUCUGUAGAGACAUACGAUGAUAUAGAUAUGAGUGGAUAUAGUAACUUUGAAAUCAAUGAACAAGGCAAUAUAACUCAUAUUGAUUCAACUAACCUAAUGAAAUUCGAAUCAGAUCAGUCAUUAUUUGAUCAAGAUGCUGAAAACGGAGAACACAAAUACGAAGAUCAUGAAAAUGAACCAAAUAUUGACUAUAAUGACAAACAAGUUCGGUUCUCUUCCAUUGUUCUGGACACUGAAGACGACGUAUUCAAGCCACUGAAGGAGGAAACAAUAACUCCAGCACAUUUUGAGUAUGAUAGUGAUCGUGAUGACAGGGAAAGUAUGGGUAGCUCCUUUCCUGAUCUCUCUAAACUUAUGAACCACUACUCUGACGAAACAGAUAGGGCUGAUGAAGAAAUUCAUUCACCAAUCGACUUCUUGAAAGCUGAUGAAAUCCGACGAACUCCGACCGAUAAUGGGACAUUUCACUUUGGAUUCGGAGCAUCAAAACAGGAUGAAAUUACAAAGUUUUGAUUUAAUCUUUCGGAUAAAAAAUAGAAUAAAUUAUAUAAAAUUUUA